AUGUACUUCCUUGGGCCACAGAACUGCGUACUUUCCGUAGUCGAAGGAAGAUCAAAUGAUGGCACCUUCGAAGUACUCGAUCAGCUUCGCGCAAGCAUGCAGCUUCUAGGAAUCAGGUACUACUUCCAGUCGAGCGAUAUCAACCCGAUGGCCAAAGGUAAAGAUCGCAUCGAAGGUCUUGCAAAGCUCCGCAAUCUGGCCCUAAAGGAUCUUAUCGCACAUCCAGAACAGUACGACGAGGAUACUACAGUGAUAUUCUCCAACGACGUGGCUCUAUGUAUGGAAGAUCUCCUAGAGUUAAUCCAUCAACGCGAGUUCCAAGGGGCGGAUCAAACAUGUGCUAUGGACUGGACAUACGUUGGCGACAAUCCAACGUUUUACGAUGUCUGGAUCGCGCGUGGCAUGACAGGCGAUCUGUUCUUCAACAUUCCCGAAGACGGAAGCUGGGACUCUGCUUGGAAUCUUUUCUGGAACGAUCAAAAAGCCCAUGCGCGCUGGUCUAAUUCAAAACCUUUCCAGGUCUUUGCGUGCUGGAAUGGUGUGACAGCCUUCACCGCGAAGCCUCUCAUGGAGAAGAAGAUCAGAUUCCGGGCUCGCAAGGAGGGUGAAUGUUUUCAAGGCGAGCCGAAGUUGUUCGCCAAGGACAUGUGGUUCAAUGGUUACGGCAAGAUUGCCGUAGUUCCGAGCGUCAACGUAGAAUAUAGUGACGAGGCCGCAAAGAAGAUCAAGGCUCUGAAAGGAUACCCGUCUAAGCAUGUUGCGAACGAAGGGGAUGAUAUCAAAAUCAACUGGGAGACUUCACCGCCGGAAAAGGUGAAAUCACUCAUCUGUUCGAAGAUAGUAAGCACUAAUUAG